AUGGACGAAAAGAGCAUUUUGGUUCCUGCCUCUACAACAAUCGCUGUGCUGGCUGUAUUUCUCAACUCUUUGUUCAUCUAUAUUACAUGCAAAAGAGGACAGAGAACUAUUGGCACUUAUAGAUUCCUCUUAGUAUCCUUCGGCAUUUGUAAUAUUCUUUACUCGUGUCUGGAAUUUCUCACAAAACCGGUCAUUUACAUAUAUGGACAUUCGCUUCUGAUCUACAACAAUGGAUACCUUGGCAACAUACCAUUACUAGAUGCAUGGUUGGGAUAUAUCUUCUUCUCUAUGCACGGAAUAGAAACAGCGCUUUUAGUUCUGCAUUUCGUUUAUCGUUACGUCCUAGUAUGCAGACCGCAGGGUCAUAUACACUUUGAGAAAUACAAUCUUGCUUUAUGGUCAAUUCCCGUUUUCUUCUGGGGCUUCCUAUACAUGUUUGUUGUGGUUUAUUGUUAUGAACCCAGUUUAGAAUAUUAUAAUUAUGCUGCACAAGCUGUCCGUGAUUUCCUUCACCGUGACCUGAAAGAAUUGUCAUAUUUCUGUGUAUUAACACAUGAGGUAGCGAAUGGUAAAACGAAAAUUUACUGGAAGCCAACAAUGGACGGCGAGGACAUUACGAAAGAAGGGAUUGAGCAAACAAACGAACGUGCUUCAAAAGCAACUACUCAUAGCUUUGACAGUCCAGAUUAUGUCGAUGCUUGGUGCCCACAAGCUCAGAUCACUAAGGCCGCCAAAACGCUCCGUAAGAAGAUCGCGGACUUCGAUGAGGCCAUCUUGGAACCGGUGGAUCUUACCACGGAGGCAGGUAGGGAUUCACAGUUCAUUCUUAAUCGUAAAAGUUUGUUAUUUUUCAAUUUUACUGUUCUUGUUCGUACUGUUGAUUCACUUCGCGCCCAGAGAGAGAAGGCCGAAGAGUUUGCGUGUCAGCAUUCUGACGAGCAGGACGAGUUUCCCUUCCUCCAACAGAUUCAGGAGCAUUGGGACGCUAAUGAACUGGAUCAACUUGUGGAAGCUGAAACUCUCCGUGAUCGUGUCGACGCUGCGAUCAAACUCUUGACGAGCUCGGAGGCAUUGUAUCUUUUUCGCGCUUCUACUGUUCCUCCCUCUCUUUGUAAUCUUACUCCUAAUCCGGCCCUGGACCCCAUUUGUACCCGUCAGCCACCGCAGGAUGUGAGAAUGGAAAUCGCGAGCCAUUCUUCGUCGCAUGACCAGGAUCGCCCAGCUGAUCCGGAUGCAGUUGCGCGAGCUGAUCGGACUUCCCCACCCGCACGUGUGCAGAGCGUCGUGCAAGGAUUCGACAACCCCUCACAAAUCCCUUCAUCCCACUCAACUUUUGCAGACCCCUUCUCAACCUUUCCCCCGUCGAAUCCUUUCGUUUCUUCAUCAAUCCCUAACUCCAACCUUCCUUACUUAUCCAUGGAACAGUCAUUGAAGUUGCCUACUUUCGAGAUCCCAACCUUUCACGGAGAUAUCGACAACUUUUUAGAAUUUUGGGAUCUUUUUUCGACAGCGGUGCAUAACAACACCAGUGUGCCAGUAUCACUCAAGUUUAUGUACCUCAAAUCACAUCUACGAGGUCCAGCCGCGAGUCUUAUCGCCGGCUUUCAAUCCACGGCAGAAAACUAUGACGACGCAGUACGGACCUUGACUAAUACGUAUGGAAGGCCGGAGAUUCUCCGAAAUAGACUCUGGGACAAACUGAUGCAGCAGUCACCAGCAUCAGAAUCGCCGUUGUCGCAACGCGCGACACUUUGCACCAUCAAGGCCAUAUGGUCCCAAUUGAAACAUCUCAAGGAGGACUCUAGCGCCAUCGGCACGCUUAAGAUCAUUUGUGCCAAAUUUCCUCGACGUACGCGCGAGAAAAUUGGCGAAUAA